CGGAUUGGCACAAGCCAAGUCACCCUUGCCUCGUUUCGUUCCCCCUCAACUGUAGUGAAUCAUUGUGCGACUCCAGUCAGAAUCGAUGCUACAGCCUACAGCCUACAGCCCAUCAACCGCCAUCUAGUUGCUCGAGCCGGGUUCGCCUAAAACUGCAAUCGAGCUUCGGCGAAGCAACAAGGUAGAAGUAGAUGCCCAGUUGAGCAACCAGACGCGACUUGUAGUAGCCGCGCUGAGUCGGCCCGACACGAUUAAUCCAUCCACACAACACGGAUCGUCCAGCAGAAUGUGUUAUGAGUCAUGACCGACAGAGAGCAGAGAAACUUCAGGUUGCUGAGAUCGUGAAGUCCCCUUCGCAGAUUCGCAGACAAUCCCGCCCACCUCCAUAACACCCGGCACAUAGCACGACGAUGGCGACGAGCCCGAUGACGAGGAGCUCGAUGCUCCGUGUGUCUCUCAACGCCCUCCUAGUUUUAUCCCUCCUCGAGAUCGCCGCAGUCCCACGACCAGGGGACGCAGCGCCCCAACCCACCAAGCGUGCCCCGCAGCCAGACUUGAAGCCCCCUAUUGAGGUCUUAGGGACUUGCCAGAACUCAGGUGCGAUCAACACUACAAUUUCGCCGAGCUUCAUCGGGACCACGUGGCGAGGGUGGGGCACUUCGCUCGCAUGGUUCGCGAAUUACGUCGGCGGGUUACCACAACGGGAGCUGACGACGAUACUCGACCUUCUCUUCGAGCCAGUCAACGGCCUUGGUCUCAACAUCGUUCGUUACAACAUAGGAGGGGGCAAUAACAGGACCCUUAGCCCACAGUUCUAUACGAACACUGAAUCCGAUUGGCGGGGGAUGCCGGGUUUCAAGCCGACCAAAGCCGGGCCGUACGAUUGGAGCGCGGACGAACGGCAGCGGAACGUGCUGCAGGGAGCGAAGGAGAGAGGCGCGAAUGUGUUCGAGGCGUUUUCCAACAGCCCGCCUUGGUGGAUGACGUAUUCUGGCGACGUGGCGGGCGCGCUUAAGAGAAGACGAACGAACUUGCGACGCGAGUACGAGGGCGCUUUCGCAGACUACCUGACGACCGUCGUGGCUCAAUUCGCGAAACGGUGGGGGGUAACGUUUGAUUCGCUGGAGCCUUUUAACGAAGCGCUGGAGCGGUUUUGGGGGGCGGGAGCGGACCACGAGGGGUGUACGUUCAAUCCACCUGAAAUGGGGCGUGUAAUCAAGCACAUGUCAGACUCGCUAAAAGCAAAGGGACUUAAGACGAAGCUGGUUGGUGUGGAUAGCUGGUACGGAGAGACGUCAUGGCUGCCGGCUAUGGCCAAUCACGAGCUACUAACGCGGAUAAACGUUCACUCGUACGUGAAUAAGUACGACAAUGGGAACGCAGCUGCAUCUUACGAGGAGAAAUUUGGUACCAUUCGUGACACGGGGAAGCAGCUCGGGAGGGAGGUGUGGGUCAGUGAAGCGGGGCCGUUAAGUAAACGUGGCAGCUUCUGGGAUCUUUCGCUGUACGUGGCGAGAAACGUGAUCGAGAGCAUCAACAUCAUGGAGGCCUCCGCGUACGUGAUCUGGCAAGCGUACGAUUUCGGGUCGCACUGGUCUUUCAUCCGCUUCCCGUCGUACUAUCGCCCGCCGUACGAUUUCAAGCUGAUACAGCCGAAGGUGAACAGGAGGUUCUGGCUUUUCAAGCAUUUCACGCUGCUUGCCAAGCCUGGGUCCAAGCCGAUUAAAAUAGGUUCGAGCUGCAUUCACGGCAUGAGUGCGUUCUAUAACCCCCGAGAAGCCCAACUGACGGUGUUCAUAGUGAAUCAGCAGGCUGAGGAUCGACGAGUGACUCUUAAUCUCGAGGGGUUUAAGACUAACUUGGGAGGCAGGACGACCGUGGUUUUUAGGAGGACGUCUGCGUUCACGAAUUUCAGCAAGAGGGUGUAUGCGCGAUUCAGAGGGAGAGCGAGCUUCAAGAUGUGGGGGCAGACCUUCGUUUCUGUCACCUUCACUAAUGUGUCGAUCUAGCGGAGGUUCUCCUACCCAUAGCAUCUACAUUGGCUGUCUACCAAGAGGUUCCGCUGAGGGUGCUCCCCAUAGAAACUGCCUUGAGGAUGUCUCAUUUAGGCUUAAUUUUCGGUUUGCUCACUGGUUUGGCUACUUUUAUUCGGCCUAUUUCUUUGUUACGUAAUAUGAAUGCUGUAUC